AAACAAGGAAAAUGUCCUCGACGUUUUGAAGAACUAGACGAUCAAAUGCAAUGCAGUACAACUAGGCACGAGCCCUUCACAUCAAUCUUAGGGGUAGACGUUCGUUGUUUCUGAGUAAAUAUAAAGGAAACUACGUACUAGCCGAGAGUAGAAAAAACGCAAAUGGAUUCUGUUUACCUCGACACCCCGACGAUACAGGACUUUGUCCGUUUCGCCGGGCUCUCCGGGGACAUCGAGGCUGAGACCGUCCCGAAGUUUGGCACGCAGGGCUCCCGUGUGGCAACGACCUUUGGCUUGCCGAAAGGGGCCGCGCACAUGUCCGAGAUUUUGCGAUCCUUCGUGACGGCGUCGGACGUUGCAAGCUUUGUGACCAUCGUCUUGUACAUUGUGCUGGCAGGCAUCGGUAUAAAAGUUCUCGCACAAUAGGCCUUUCAUAAUUUUCAUUUUCUUUGCGGGCACUGUAAAGUAUGUUGCAUUUGUGUUUGUUGUAAUUCAUCCGGCAUAUUGUGCAUCUUUCUACAUGUAGGUGUUGCCGAAGAAUGCAUGAGAUGAACUCAGUUGAUGCUGAAUAUUUUCAUGAAUAUGCGCACCAUGCAAACAAUUCUGAUUCAGCGACCUACUUGAUCUACGUGGGGAGCAAGGCACCAAGGAUGUCCCGUUUCCUCAUUGGGUCCUUGUUUGGCGGUUUGGUUCUCAUGGAAUUUCCGACCUACUUCGUCGCUCCGUUAGCAGAGAUCCGGGCGGGAAAUUCGGUGGUCCCGGUAAAAAAAACUGUAGUUUUCGAUGCGAUUGUUGAUACUUUUUUGCGUUUCGCGACUGUAAGCAACAGGAUGCUGUGAAGCAAGUUGGACUGGUGCGAUGUGCGAGACGUAGAUGAAAAAGCAGAUGAUUUUUGAUUUGAACAAAAAAGGAGAAAAACGAUUGUUGUUGUUCAUCAGAAAAAUAAACGAAACAGCUCUACGUCUUCAUCCUGGUGGUCUGCUGCGUUGCGCACGGAUACUAUCUGACCAACUAUCCACAGAAAAAAAAAACACAUCCGAUCUGUCAUGCAAAAGUACGAAGCACAUCGCCAGUGCGUCUUUGUGAUGCAAAUGUGGAUCACGGGGAUCGGAUUGAUUUUUUUCUGCGGAUAACAGGAAUGCAGAAUCUAAAAGCUUGAUACUGGCAUCGGUAGUCCUGGCUUGGUUCGCCAUAAUAUGAGAGUGCACCACUUCCCCUCUCGUUCAUGAUUUGCAAGUAAGGCAUGAGCAGCAAUACAAACACCAGCGAACCACCUAGACGAGCCUCUGCAUGAAAACAUGUUCCUGCUUUGACUGUAGUACUGUUUCAGCUCCUUCCGGAAUUUGUCAUGCAAACAGUGCCAAAGGAGGGCAGCGACCGGAUUUGGUAUUGAUUUAUUUGUAAGUAUGUACUUACAACUACAAAAGUAAAGGAGAGGGAGGGGAAAAGUGCACUCUCAUACUUCAGUCUAGUGUGGAGGAUUGUGUUUCAAUCCUCCCAGUACGCACUGCUAGUCAUAUCGAAUGCAAAUUUUGUGUCUGGGUCUGAAAAGAUAAAGAGCGUGAUAGUUGGGUUUGUUUGCUAACGCGCUUAAGCAUGUUGACAAAUUUUGUUUAAGGGACGCGUAUUUCUCAUGUGUAGUCUGCAUUACUUAGGAGCAAAGGCAAACGUGUUGUGUAGUUUCUUGCUUCUGUAAUUAUACUGGAUUUUAUUCAAGGACGCGUAGAAGUCGAGACGAGCAAUUUAAGUACAGGUUCGGCUUGAUUUUGAUGUUCCAGACCCGGACAUCUUUGUAGUGGAUGAAACAGCCCCGGAGACAAGAAGGAGAUGUAUGACACAACUACCAGUAUGGAAAUGCUUGCGGUAUUUCUAUUUUCAUUUUGAAUUCAUUGACGAGAUGAAGUAUUCCUGUUGUUGUUGCUCUUGUGAAGAUCAUGUGAAGAUCACGAGUCGUGCUGCCGUGAAUUGAAGCUUUAAAUGAAAUAAAAGCAAUGAAAUCAUAACAGCCCGCCUACUUUUCGAUCGCCUCCUGGUCGCACUUGGUGCUUGACGCGUUUCGACUCACCGUCUUGACGGUCGGCGCCUUCUUCUUCGCAUCGUGGACAACGACCCACCCCAAAAAAAACGUUUUCUACAUUCGCAUUCUCGCCGCUAUCUACAGUUACGUGCUCACCUACGGCCUUGCCGAGGUCUGUGUCGCCGUCGGGUAUGCUCUAGUGCAGAAGGCCAACUCGAGCGACCCGGAAGAGGGACGGAUUUUCCAAAGUCUGCGGGCGUACCAGAACCACACGAUUUCCAACGUCGGUUUCUCAUUUACCAGCCUGUUCCACGCCCGCCUGACCACGCCUUUCCGAGCGAUUCGAGCUAUUCCAGCGAUGGUGGCCUUCUACGGACUCGACGGUAAAAGACAUUGAUUUUGAUAAAUUCAUUAACCAUGAUGACCUCCACAGCAGGACCGGAGGUGUUUAUUUUAGUAGAAGUUUAAUAUUUCAAACAGAAGAAAACAUGAUAAGUACCUGCGGAGAACCGCGAGAAGCUGUUUUAUCAUACUUUCAUAACGAUCACACGAAGAACUACUUACAAUGAAUAAAGGUUCCAGCGGGCUGACCCAUGAGCACGGGAAAUAUGCUAUCCAUGGCAAAUAUGCAAUAUGGGUCUGGAAGAAUGUGAGACAUUUGUCACGCUAUUCUGGCACGAAUCUGAUGUCUGUAUUGCGUGGCCACGAAGAGCUUCCCCGGCCUGUCAUGCAAAAACGCACCCUUAUUUCAUGCGGAACACGCAACACCGAGCCUAGCCACAAAAAAACCUGUCAUGCUUAAUAGCGGUGCAUCAUGAGCAUGACAGACAGUUUGUUUUGUGAUUCACUGAGUUGCUGUUGUUCAGCAUCACAACAACUCUCUAGACCCAGAGAUAUUUUCAGUUGAUAUCUGCCGCGAAAAUAGUGAACCAGUGGUACGAGUCCCCGGGCUUCCUCAGCUCCCUGCCGGCCCAUUGCUAUGGCGCUCUCAAAUGUUACAUUCGCAUGACAAGUUUGCUUUUUCCAUGCAGCGGCCCCACUUCUAGAAAGAUAUGAGCAUAAUUGAAACCCACGACCUUCCCAAAUCUGUAUAUGCAAGACGCACAUCAAGUAGAACAGCAAAGUCCCCCCCUCUCACUUUUCCUAGUCUUGUGCCAACAUCACGAUAAAAAGUCCAUGUAAAAAGCAAGACAGUAGUCAAUGUAACACUUGAGAACUGCCGCCCCAUAACUGCCUGCUGGUGUUUCUCUUUUUCAGCAUGUACCUGUUCACGGCAAACCGACUGGAGAGGUUGGCAGCCGGGCUGCCAGGCGGAUUCUUCGGCGGCAGGGGCUCCGUCGGUCUGCUGGAGUUGAGUCCCGACGAGUAUUCGCAGAUGGAAGCCGCAAUGAGCUCAGGCGCCUUCCCGUCCGCCCUCCCGCCGGACGCGCCACCGAGCCACACCGUGAUCGCCACCAAGUCCGGCCAAGUGCCGCUGCAGCGGGCCUCGAAAGCCGCGGGGCGGGCGACGAGAGGGAUGCCGAGUACCUACGCGCCUUCGGAGCCGGGGAUGGGCGACGAGGACUUGCCCGGGAUGAUGAGUAUGGAACCCCCACCGAGCAGCAUGCAGGAAGAACCGGAGGACGACUACGAAGAAGAACCAACCUCGACCGCUGAUGCCGCUGCCCCGAAAGCAGCUACCACGACCACGACGUCGUCGAGUAACCGUGCGUCCAGAGGAAGCCGCAAGUCGAGGAACAAAUAGAGGACAUGGUGAACUUGAACUAGUACUAUCGAAGAACAAAUUCACACGUUCGACAUUCUCUGAAAAAAUGCACGUAGGUGAAGAUGAAAGACUCGAUCACCUACAGGUUCUGGCAAUGGUUGUAGUCUCCGGAGUUCGAUAUCGAUGAAUUUACCAUCUGUAGCUGUAUUAGAAGCUUCUAAGAAGAACAACAAAAAAAUUGACUUUAUUGACUUUAUCCCAAAGAAGCAAAAUCUACGGCCACCACGGGCACUCAACGCACAAAACGACACUAGGGUGAGUGGCUCCGCCAGGCACAGGCUCUUGCAACACAGGAGUGCUGUGCUGUCCCGGAUAGAAGUAGAAGAUGGAGUAAGCGUAAACUUAACAAGCGCUGAAACUGCUUUAGUAAUUCGAGGAUACUACAUAUGAAAAUGCACCUCUAUAAUCUGUAUGUGUACGUCGAUUAGAAGACAUCACCUUGUGUUUGUAUAAAUUAAAAUGAGAAAAGAUUACUAUCACAGCAACAGUCCUUCUUGCCCCCCCCUUGUAUCACUGCUUACCUGUACCUGUAUGACUUGCGAAAGUGAAGAAAUUAAAGUGGAAAUAAUGAAGAUUUUGCCCUGCUGCAGGUGCUAAGGAAAUAGAGAAAGACAGACAAAAGCCUACUUUCAAAGAAACGACAGAUGACAGGAACGUGUGCCGUGUGAAUAUUACUUCAAAUAACAGAUGCACAUAGUGGAAAUUGAAUAAAAUUGAAUUUAUUUUGGACGACAAAAGGGAAUGCAAAAAAGAACGCUAAGGGGGCCUAGCGUGGGAC